UGGGACUCUUAAACCGGUCAAAUUUCCAAACCCUAACUUCAUCCCCAAAUUAGAGAGAGAUGCAGAAACGGGAGCUUGGGAAAUCCGGCGGUAAUUCCGGUGGAUCUUCAGGUCCACCACCGAAGAGAGGCCGUCCCUUCGGUAGUACAAGUGCUAACUCAGCCGCUGCAGCUGCGGCAGCUGCAGCAGCCGAUGCGAUGUCUCCCUCAGCUCUACUCGGUCCUUCUCUUCUUGUUCACAAUUCCUUCGCCGAGCAGAACAAUAGAAGAAUAGUUCUUGCGCUACAAAGUGGUUUAAAGAGUGAAGUAACAUGGGCGUUGAAUACACUUACAUUGCUUUCCUUUAAGGAAAAAGACGAUAUUCGAAGAGAUGUCACGCCUCUUGCUAAGAUAUCUGGCUUGCUUGAUGCACUUCUCUUAAUUAUAGAUGACUGGCGUGACAUAGCUCUUCCAAAGGAUCUAACAAGAGGAACUAGGGUUAGGACUUUAGGUACAAAUGCUUCGGUUACGGGAUUUGGCAAUGAGUAUGAUGCUCUAGCCUCUAUUCAACUCCCUGGAUCCGGCAUUGGUUCUUCAGCUGCUGAGGGAUUAGGGAAAAAGAGCGGUGGAAAACAUCAGUCAUCUCAGUGGUGGAUGGAAGAGGAUGGUUUGUUUAAUCUAGACGAUGAAGGGAGAUCAGAGAAACAAAUGUGCGCCAUUGCUGCAUCUAACGUUAUCCGCAACUUCUCCUUUAUGCCUGAUAAUGAAGUUGUAAUGGCUCAGCAUCGCCAUUGCUUAGAAACUGUCUUCCAGUGCAUACACGAUCAUAUGACUGAGGAUGAAGAGCUGGUCACAAACUCGCUCGAGACAAUCGUAAACCUGGCGCAUUUGAUGGAUCUUCGAAUUUUCAGCUCGCUUAAGCAGUCAUACAUUAACAUAAAUGAGAAGAAAGCUGUUCAAGCUGUGGUUGGAAUCCUCGAUUCUUCCGUCAAAGCUUGGAAUUGUGCUGCUGCUGAAUUACUGGGGCGUUUGAUUAUUAAUCCGGACAAUGAACCUUUCAUUAGUCCCUUAAUCCCACAGAUACACAAGCGACUAGUCGAUCUCUUGAGCAUACAAGCCGUUGAUGCACAAGCCGCAGCUGUUGGAGCACUCUACAAUCUCGUGGAAGUUAACAUGGAUUGCAGAUUAAAGCUCGCAAGUGAGAGAUGGGCGGUUGAUAGAUUGCUAAAAGUGAUAAAGACUCCGCAUCCAGUUCCAGAAGUAUGCAGAAAAGCUGCGAUGAUCCUUGAGAACCUUGUCUCCGAGCCUCAAAACAGAGGAUUGCUACUCGCGUAUGAAAAUGCCUUCGCUGAGCUACUUUUUCAAGAUGGUAAGUAUUCUGAUUCAUUUGCUAGGAUUUUGUAUGAACUCACUGCUAGAUCAAAUAGCAGAGUGGCUUCAGCUAGAGGAAUCUGGGGUAUGUAAAAGUCUCUAGAUUAGUGGGUUCGAUUAAUUAAGUUUGUUGUAAUCAAUUAGUAGUAAACUUUAAUCAUUUGCUAUGUAUUUGUUAAACAAAGUAGAUGGAUUCUUCUCAUUAUUUCGCAUAGCUUCGA